AUGACGGCCGUAGCCGGCGAGCCCCGCCGCGUGGUACUCCUCCUCGAUCUCGACCCCCUCCUCCCCUCCCCAGGCUCCUCUAGCGCCUCCGCCCCCGCCUCCGCCCCAGCCGCUUCCUCCCCGUCCCCGGCCUCCCUCUCCGCCGGGCGCCUCUUCUUCUCCUCGCUCUCCCCCAUCCUCUCCUCCUCCCUACUCCCCAGGGCCCUCCCCGCCGCCCCCACCCCGCUCUCCUUCGACCUCCACCCGGCCACCCUCGCCACCCUCGCCCCGCUCCGCCGCCUGGCCCUCCGGGGCCCCACGCACCCGCGCGUCCCCGCCUCCUCGUCCAUCGCCAAGUCGCUCCUCCAGCUCGAGCACGACUACUCCUGGGACCCCGAUCCCCAACGCGCCCGACGACGCGGCUUCGAUCCGCCGCCCAAUUUGGUGGUCCUCUUCACGGCCGCCGCCGAAUUCGACGAAUUCGGGGCCGACGGUAGCUUCAUCGACAAAUUCCGCAAGGUUUUCGGUCCUGCGAGGGAUCGCCUUUCUGCAAAUGGCCUGCAAGUGUGCUGGGUCGCCGUCGCUUCCGCCAGUGAGGGGAUCCGGAGGGCGGUCACUGAGUUGGGGUGGUGGUUCACUACCGCCGAUGCGGUCGCGUUGGGGUCGGCGGUCGCACCGCCGACGCUCGUGUGGGGAGGUGUUGCACGUUGCGUUGGGGAAGGUGGACAGCGAGGGGAGGUGGUAUUGGAGAUCGCCGAUGUGGAAGGGAAGCCGCUGCUCUGCAAGAGCUGUGAGGUCGAGGUCGUUGGCUCCCCACGGUGGCAGGGCAGCGGCAAUAACGUGUCCAAGAUACUUGUCAAGUCAGUGUGUGAGGUGGGGAAUUGGGAGCAGUUAGUGGGUGGGGAUGGUGAUGCUGCUAUGGUGCGUGGGUGCCAACGAGAGGGGGGCAAGGGUGAUGGCGAAGAAGCUGUAGUCAAGGAGUAUUUUCCGCAUCAGAUUCUUGAAUUGGUCCUUGGUGAUGAGAAGGAUCGAUUAGGGGGUGCCAAGCCAAUUUGGCAGCUAAUUCUGGUGUUCCUUAGUAGAAGGAACUAUUGUGCAGCUGUCUCGGUUUCUGAUGGAUAUGGGAGCUCUGUGGAUGGUGUUCUCGUGCCUUUCUCUAUGAACUGUGCAUUACUUUGCUUCAAUAAGAAUGGCAGUAGUUUAGGCCAGGUUGCUGCAAAAGGCCUUGAAACACCAGAUAGUUGCGUAUCUGAUGCAGCAAAGGUGCAGAGUGCAAGGAGGAAGAGAAGCAGGCUGGUUAAUAAGCUAUGUGAGGCGACCACCUGGAACACCUUCUGUGAUGUGCUCCUGAAACAUGCUGAUGGCAGCAUGCCCGUGGUGGACUUUGAAGAAUUGUAUUUCAGCAGGUAUGGCGCCACAUCGAAAAAAUUGCGGUUUUUGAAAUGUUGGAUGAAGCAAGUGAAACAGUCAUAUCUUAAUACUCUACCGAGCCUACAUACAGAAAGAGAGAAGUGUCUUCCCUCAAAGGAUGAAUCAGAAGCUAGACUUCUGGUUUCAGAAGAAGAUGCUUCAGCUGGCCGUGUUAAUUUCUCAGUGGAUGAUGCAGAUAGCAACAAAGUGGAGACACCAUUGAAUGAGGCAGAUUGCAAUAAAGUGGACAUACCAGUGGAUGAGGCAGAUUGCAGUGGAGUGGACAGACCAGUGGGUGAAGAGAGCUCGAUGUUCUCUUCUAUGGAAGAUUUGGAGGCAUUUCUUGAGAGUGUCCCUCAUAAGAUUGAGCAAGCUCUUUGUUCUGAAGAUGCUGAUCUGGGGAAUUUAGCUGAACGCUUGGUUGGCUUGUCUGCCCACGCGCUGUUGGUUAAGCAUGGAAAGAUUGCAGUGUGGUACUCUGAACACAAGGAAGAAGAAGAUGCUUCUGGUGCAAAAAUUGCCUGUGAACUUUCCAAUAUUCUGUUGAGGAAACCCAAAGAACUAGUAUCGAAGUACAGAGGAAGCAAUUCGGCCUCUGUUGCAUCAGAGCAAACCGCAAAAUAUAGUACAUGUUAUAAAAUUCGGGAACAUGAGCUGCAGAUUUUGCUUAGAAUGGAAAUAAUUAAAUCUGAACUAGGAUCUGCUAUAGAGGAAAGUUCAAAACAGAAGAUGAUAAAAGAGAUCUGCUCGCUUUUGCAAUUUAUUGAUAUCAAUCUCCAAGGGGAUUCAUUUCAGUCUGACAGUAUUCUUGAGUAUGCUGAAAAGACCAUAAAGUCCAGGUACAUCAGCUCCAUGGAGGAUGUGAUCAAGAAGAUCUACACGCAGAUGGAGUUUGAUUUAUUCGACGACGACGACGAAAUCGACUGUUCAGAUUCCGUACCCAGCAGCAGCAACCAGGAAGACGCCAGGUUCGACAGGGGCGGCAGCCAUUGGAACAGCGCCGGCGCCAGCACAAGCGCCUCCGCGCACCACCUGCUGCAGCGGGACGCUAGGAGCAGCCGCCAGCGCGACGACGACCGGCACGACGAGCUGAUGGUGAGAGCCCAGUUGCGGCGUGACCGGCAGAGGCGGCUCUCCUCCUUCACGAGCUGGGUGCCCGACCUGCGCCGCGUCUGGGCGCUCAAGCACCCGGGGAAGGAGCCGUCCGUGCCGUUGCCGCGCUCCAGGUCGUCGUCGUCGUCCAAGCGGCGGAAGCGGCGGCGGGCGGCCUGCACCGACGUGGUGUUCGAGACGCCGAUGACCGCCGCCAAGAGGCAGGGGAGCGGGUCGGAGUCGCCGCCCGAGUCAGACGGCGGGGAGGGGACGACGAGGGCCGCCGCGCUCGGGACGGUGUCCAAGGCCUUGUUUGACGAGGAGGAGAUCGAGACCGACGUGAGCUCGAGCAGCAUGUAACUGAACUUGUAAGCAUUGCAGUUAUAAAACUGAAAUGAAACCACCAUGAGCACUCUCUGUUUGGGCAAACCGAGGCUUUUGUCUUAUCGGCUCAUCCUUGCAGCACAUCUUGACUAAUAAGAAAUGCCUUUUGUCGUUUUGUGGCCA